AUGAUUGGCUAUCACACAACGACAACCCCGUCGUCGACAUCAUCAUCAACUUCUUCGACCAACGCUGGCGGUGGCGGUGGCAAUAGUUCGAGAGUGAAAAAUGAUUAUGAUAAUGGAUCUGGACGGGGAAACGAUUCUGGUUCGAAUGCAGGUCAUCAACAACAGCAACAACAAUCAUCGCCAUGGUCAUCAUUGGUGAAAUCUGAAUCACCGCAUGGAAUCAGAGAUCCUUAUUCGACGUUUACAAGUCAAUCCUUUUUUCCUCAUAAUGCUCAUCGAUUUGGCGGAGGAGCUGCUGGUACUGGUCAAAUUCAAUUAUGGCAAUUCCUACUUGAAUUACUAGCUGAUGCGAGUGGCAAUGCGAAUAUCAUCGCAUGGGAAGGUUCCAAUGGUGAAUUUAAAUUAAUCGAUCCAGAUGAAGUUGCACGCCGUUGGGGCGAGCGAAAAUCCAAACCAAACAUGAAUUAUGAUAAAUUAUCACGUGCAUUACGUUACUAUUACGAUAAAAAUAUCAUGACAAAAGUUCAUGGUAAACGUUAUGCAUACAAAUUCGAUUUCAAUGGUUUACAUCAAUUGAAUCAACCCCAAUUACCUGAAUCACCUUAUGCAAAAUAUCAACAAGAAAUGAUGCGUUCGUCACAUGCACACGCAGCUUAUUUCAAAUGGAGUGCACUGAGUUCAGCAGCUGCAACAUCGUCUGCUGUUCACAUGCCACAUCAUCCUCAUCAUCAUCACCCAGCAGCAGCCGCAGCAGCAUCAACUGCAUACGCGCCCUAUUGGAAUCACACGAGUACAUACGACUAUGCAGCUAAUUUCACCACACCGAAUCCAUAUUUAUCAACGUACAAUUGGGUUAGUCCAACAGCAAGUACCACUUCAUCGACAAUCACGUCCACGGGAACAGGAGGACUAUCAUCAACAAGCACAGCAUCUACUGCCAUUUCUCCAUCAUUACCCUACUGA